GCCGGAACCCGGGAGCCAGAGGAGCGAAAUGACAUUUCCUCUUUAAAUAGCUGGAGCCGGGGCCCCAUCUAGCAAUGGCUGCGUCGGCAGAUUUAAAUAAGUCUUCCCCAACACCGAAUGGGAUCGCGUCCUCCGAGCCAGCCAACGAGGCCAUGGACCCCUUCCAUGCUUGCAGUAUUCUUAAGCAACUCAAAACAAUGUACGAUGAAGGACAGUUGACAGACAUUAUAGUGGAAGUGGAUCACGGGAAAACAUUUUCCUGUCAUAGGAACGUUCUUGCUGCCAUCAGCCCCUACUUCAGAUCCAUGUUCACUAGUGGCCUUACAGAAAGUACUCAGAAAGAAGUUCGAAUCAUCGGUGUGGAAGCUGAAUCGAUGGAUUUAGUACUGAAUUAUGCCUAUACUUCUAGAAUUAUUCUGACAGAGGCCAAUGUUCAAGCUUUGUUCACUGCAGCUAGCAUCUUCCAGAUUCCUUCUAUUCAAGACCAAUGUGCUAAAUACAUGAUCAGUCAUUUGGAACCACAAAAUUCUAUUGGUGUCUUUAUAUUUGCUGAUCAUUAUGGUCAUCAGGAACUGGGAGACCGAUCAAAAGAAUACAUUCGUAAAAAAUUCCUGUGUGUCACCAAAGAACAAGAGUUUCUCCAGCUGACAAAAGACCAACUGAUAAGCAUACUAGAUAGUGAUGAUUUAAACGUGGAUCGAGAAGAGCAUGUUUAUGAAAGCAUUAUAAGAUGGUUUGAACAUGAACAGAAUGAAAGAGAAGUAUACCUUUCAGAAAUUUUUGCCAAAUGCAUACGUUUUCCUCUGAUGGAAGAUGCGUUUAUAGAGAAAAUUCCACCUCACUUUGCACAAGCUAUAGUCAAAAGCUGUGUAGAAAAGGGAGCAGCCAACACUAAUGGCUGUACACAGAGGCUUGGAAUGACUGCUUCUGAAAUGAUUAUAUGCUUCGAUGCUGCCCACAAACACUCAGGAAAGAAGCAAACAGUGCCUUGUCUAGAUAUAGUCACAGGAAGAGUGUUUAAACUAUGCAAACCACCAAAUGAUCUGAGAGAAGUUGGGAUUCUUGUAUCACCAGAUAAUGACAUUUACAUUGCAGGAGGGUACAGGCCAAGCAGCAGUGAGGUUUCCAUUGACCACAAGGCGGAAAAUGAUUUCUGGAUGUAUGACCAUUCCACUAAUAGAUGGCUAUCCAAACCAUCCUUGCUUCGAGCCAGAAUAGGCUGCAAACUAGUGUAUUGCUGUGGUAAGAUGUAUGCCAUUGGAGGCCGAGUUUAUGAGGGUGAUGGGAGAAACUCCCUGAAAUCUGUGGAGUGCUACGACAGCAGGGAGAACUGUUGGACAACAGUCUGUGCCAUGCCAGUUGCAAUGGAAUUUCAUAAUGCCGUGGAGUACAAAGAGAAGAUCUACGUUUUACAGGGAGAAUUUUUCCUCUUCUAUGAACCUCAAAAAGACUACUGGGGUUUUUUAACUCCCAUGACUGUGCCUAGAAUCCAGGGCUUAGCAGCUGUAUACAAGAACUCCAUCUACUACAUAGCUGGAACCUGUGGAAAUCAUCAGCGUAUGUUUACUGUUGAAGCCUAUGAUAUUGAGCUUAAUAAAUGGACUCGGAAGAAGGACUUUCCAUGUGAUCAGUCCAUAAAUCCGUAUCUUAAGCUGGUACUAUUCCAGGAUAAACUCCAUUUAUUUGUUCGAGCUACUCAAGUGACCGUUGAAGAACAUGUCUUCAGAACCAGCAGGAAAAAUUCCCUUUACCAAUACGAUGACCUUGCUGACCAGUGGCUGAAAGUAUAUGAAACCCCAGAUCGGUUGUGGGACCUUGGCCGCCAUUUUGAAUGUGCUGUUGCUAAACUCUAUCCUCAGUGUCUCCAGAAAGUACUGUGAUUAGUUACAGAUCUUAUAAGUAUCAGUGGUAUUUCAAGAAAUCUUGUCAGGAGAGGCUUGGUCCAAAAAGCUGAGAGUUUUAAUAUACAGAAAUGGGUGCUUUUAAAGAUUACAGUGUAGGGAUGGAUUUGCUUUCAUUUUUGUGAUGUUUUCAUUUCAGUAAGGAAAAGAUAACAAAGUGCAAUUAUCAGCAUUUUUUUUCCUGGCAUAAAAGUGAUUGUCAUUUUACAAUUUUGUGGUAAAUAGUCACUGAACUACCAGAAGAAUCAGGACAACUAUGCACUCUUAAAGAGCAGUUAGGUUAACUUGGUAGAGUCAUCCAAACUAGUUUGACAUGACUUUUUAUUUUAAAUACGGGUACCUAUCUGAGGCAAUAUCACUAGUACUUUAUUUAGCUGUGACCUCUCUAACGCAGAGAAGCACUAACUUAGAUCCUCAUUCUUAAUAUUUAUAUAUAUAUUUACAUGUUUUUGUGUACUGUUUUCAAGAGAUUUCAACAUAUUCUGUUAUUAGACUGAAGGAAAUAUCAGUCUCAGAAAGAGCUUGUAGACUGAUUAUUCAUAUUUCCCAUAUACUUUUAAGUUAGUUUUAAAGUGGCAGCUUUCUAUCCAUAACUUUUUCAAGUGCAAACACUGUCUCAAUUUUUUUUUAAAUCCCAGAAAGGGCUUAAAUUUGUAGGUGGCUGGUGCUAGUAUAAGAAUUCAUGUGUAUAGUUGAUUGAUUUAAAUGGUCUGAGCCUAAGUUUAUCUUUCAAGUUAGUGUAUUAGUUUCAAUGUCAUAGUACUUUACCUGUUGAACUCUUGUGAUUUCACAAGGCUUGCUACUUAUGUGGUAGGAUAUGUCAGCUAUUGGUCUAACUUGAUUCAGUCAUAGGAUAAUAAGACUGUUAUAUUCCAAGUUUGCACUAACAUGGGCCAUUCUGUUGGCCUCCUUUGCUCUACUUGCUGGUCCAGACAUUGUUGGUACAUUGUGUUAUAAUGUGAAGUUUUGCAACUACUUUCAAAAUUCUAUUUCCAGAAACAAAAUUCCUGCAGUGCUCUAAUAAUUCAGUGGGUUUUAUGUUCCAUACACAGUUACAAUCUCAUUUUCUUUCCUUUCUUCUUCUUCUUUUUUUUUUUGCACUUAACAGUGAGGAAACAGAAUAACAGAUUUAUGGAUACUUUGUAGGUACAUUUUUCAUGUUCAACUGAUGAAUUUCUAAGUCAGUUAGGAAUAUUAACAUAAAGGACAAAGUAACUCAUGUCCCUAAGGCAGGUAUUUGGGUCAGUAACUUACUCUUUAGUAUGCCUAGAAUAAUUAAUAAAAGAUAGAAGUCUUUCCUAAUCUAAACAGUUUGACUCUCUUGAAGAAAACAAACUGGAAUGAUUUGUAUUUAAAAAGAUCUCACACAUAUUGUAAUGUGAUACUGUGAAACAAAUUUCAAACAUUGCCUCUUUACAUCACAUACCUCAUUUUUUCAGAAACUUUCCAAACUGCUUUACAAAGACCUCUACAAGUAGGGACAGUUUUCUGAAGCAAGAGUUCAAGGGGACAGCAUUUAUAGUUUUAACAUUUAAAUCUAGUUCUAGGAAGCUAGAUAUGUAGUUUCUUCUUGGUCUUGAGAGUGUAACUAAUUUCUUUAUAAAUGGUAUUAACAAAUACAUUUACCCUCCUUAAUUUUUCUUCUGUUGUCUUUAUCUCCAUGCUGUUUUGGGGUUAUUUCUGUGAGUUCAAUAAUUUUUUUUUUCACAGUUUUGAAUUGCUGACAAGAGGGAAAAAAUAACCAUUUUUUGUUUUCAUAAAGCUUUCAGUAAGAUUUCCUGCCGCUUUUUGACAAUCUUCUAUAUUUAGAAAAGUGUAUUACUUGAAAACAUGACAUAGAAUUUUGAGUUAGCAAUGUAUUUGUGCUGUAUUGUAUGUAAGAGAACAACACUGUGGUUCAUUAUUCUGUUGAUCUGCACAACAGUUGUUCAUUUUAUUAUAACAAUUUAUAUUGAGGGUAUGAUCUAAGAAUAGUGGGUCAAAGCUAAGGCUUAGAGUUUUCUACUGGAGUAGAAUAUAUUUGAAUUUUGUAUGAAGAACUAUUUGUUUACAUUAUAUAUAGCUGGGAUAAAUUGCCACUUUUAAAAUGGUUUCAGAAGAGUUCCUAGAAAACUAAGAUUAGUAUUGUGUGGGUUUAUGUGUAGAUAUUUAAGGCACAUUUUCAUAGUAAGAUGAAACUAAAUAAAAGGCACAAUGACAACUCCAGAACUAAAAGGUCCCAUUUUAACUGUGUUCUUGCAUUUGAAGAAUGUAUGUAGCACUUUCCUAUAUAUUUUUUGUAACACAUUGAAGACUGGACUGGAUAAAACUAUGUUAUAGGAAAGUAGAAGUUGUAUUUUUUAAUUUUCACCUUUAUUUCCUGUUAUUGUAUAAAGUUGAUUGUUUCUCAGUUUCAUUGGUGCAUGUGAAGAAGUGGAUAUAAUCUGAGAAAACAGAUUCCAUGUAAAGCAGAUUCAAAUGGCAAUGUUCAGUGCUCAGGUAUGUAGUAAGUACUGUAGUCCUACAGGGGCAAAUGUGUAGAUAUUUUUAAACAUUUUGCCAUAAUUGCACAAUUUUUUGCAUUUUUACCUAAUGUCAUUGUUUCUUAUAAUAAAAGUUUUUCUGAUUAAA